AUGCCCGUUCCUUUUGAGGCUCUUCUUCCCUAUGCCAUCAUGAUUGGUAUGUUCGGUAUCUCUGGUACCGGUCUUGCCGUCAUUAAGAACAUCCAAAACGAGGGCAAGCGACCUCUGAUGGAACGUGACCGUCGUCUCACGGGGACUCUACGAGGACAAACAGACAAGCCCGAGGCACCCCUAGGGUUCGAAUUGAACAACCCCUGGAAGCUGGAAACACGCUUUUCCUAA